AUGACUCAGCUACUUGGAAGAGUCAGUCCUGAAGAGGAAAACCAAUUUUACGAAGGAACUGAAGCCGCCGGCCUGCGCGCCGCCUGGAUGGGCCGAAGGCUGGAACGAAAGCCCCAGGUAGAACCAUUUGCCUGGCGUUGGUCCAACGCAAAGCCUUUGGUUCUACGCAGUGGCGACAUAGUAACUCCCGACCGAGACGUUGAACGCCGUGUCCUGCGCCUCGCCAAUCCCGGCCUGGACCAUGGGACCACGCACACUAUCUCGGCUGCCCUGCAGUUGCUGCUACCUGGCGAGAAUGCUCCGGCCCACCGCCAUACUCCUACUGCAAUUCGCUGGGUGCUGCAAGGCACCGGCGCCUAUACCACGGUGGAAGGCGACAAGUGCUACAUGGAGCCCGGGGACUUGGUGUUAACGCCUUCCUGGACUUGGCACGACCAUAACAACGAAGGCACCGAACCCAUGAUCUGGCUGGAUGGGUUGGACACUCCCCUGGUCAACAAUCUUGAAGCAACUUUCUACGAACAGUUUCCCGAAGACCAGCAACCAAUAGUUGGCGUCGGUGAAUCGGAACGCAAAUAUGCUUCAGGCGCCCUGCGCCCCGCGUGGGAAGACAGCAACACGCCGUAUUCCCCUCUCUGGCAUUACAAGUGGGAACGAAGCCACGCCGCGUUGCACAGCCUCGCAGAAGUUGACUGCAGCCCCUUUGACGAUGUGGCGAUGGAGUUCUCGGACCCGGCAACCGGCGGCCCUGUAUUGACGAACCAUGGCCUGCUGGAUUCAGAUGAUCAGGCCCGGGGUGAACACCAAGGCCCACCGCCACACGACCAGCGCGGUGUACCAGGUUUUCAAGGGCAAGGGACAUAGCGUCAUUAACGGCCAGCGCUUUGAUUGGGGUGAAGGCGAUUUCCUAGUAGUGCCCUCCUGGUCCUGGCACGAGCACGCCAACGACACCGACGAAGAGGCCAUACUCUUCUCAAUUCAGGACAUUCCAGUUAUGAAGGCUUUGUCCUUGUACCGGGAAGAGCCCCUAUGCGGAAAAUGCCGGGCACCAACCGAUUGAGUCCGUAUUUGAGGGUUAGCCUGGCUCAGAUCGGGACAAAUAGAUAGUGAACGGGGCGGGUUCGCAGCCCGCCCUUUCUAUUGCCAAUGCUGCAAGGCAUAAGAAAAGGGCAGGUCGCAGCCCUGCCCCUCAAAUUAUCAGGUUAAUUCUUGGCCGGUUAAGGCUUGAACAGGGCUACGCACUUGUUGGAGUUGAAGAUGUACGUUUCUACGUAGUCGAUAAUUUCCGGUUUGUAGUCCAGUUCCUGCAUGGCCCCGGCGAUACACAUCCAGUUCAGCAAUUCCUGCUGUCCGGCGUCUUCAAUCUGGUCCGUUGAAAUACGGCUCCACGCUGCGUAGUCACCGUCGCGCAACUCCUCGAAUCGAGCCCGGUCCGAGGGUCCGUCGGGAUAGAGGCAGUGAUUCUUGUCGGUCAGGAAAAGCAUGAGACCAACUGGAAGAUGCAAUCAGCGCCACCCGAUAGGGGCUUUCCUUCAGCACCCGAGCCACAGCGGCGCCCACUUCCAUGCACCGCUUGGGUGAAGGACCGGGAGGAUCGAAUUCCUCCUCAUACUGAACGGCACCGCCCCGGUUGCGCACGACUCGGCUUCCGUAGCAGUUCACAAGGAAAGGAACCACCGGAUAGUCAAAUCCCUUCCGGUCAUAGUCCAGGUACAGAAGUGUGUUCAGAAUGGCAUGGCCCAGACCGCCCUUUUCGUGCAGCGGCUUGUAGGCAUAGGACAUAUCAAUGCCCUGCUCAAUCAUGCCGCGAACCAUGGCCCGGGCGGCAGUGCGAUGGCCGGAAUACUUGAAAGUGGUAUCUCCGGGUUCGUCCCAAACGUUGAGCCGUGUGCCACCAUCCUGGGUCGCGAAGGGUUGGCAUUCCAUUUCGUCGUAGGCCAUCACACAGAAGGGGAAUGAUGUCUUCUUUGAAAUUCUCGUACUGGUCGUCGCCCCAAAUCACUACAAAAUCAGGGUUGAACGCAUCCAACUCUUCUCUAAGCUUGCGAAAGCCGUUUACACAACCGCGCCCGUGCCUUCUUGGCAGAUUCCAACCCUUCGUCUUCGCCGUACUCAAUGCGCAUCGGUUCCGGCCAGUUGGUGGGAAUCUUCAGUUCCGGCGGAAGGUUGGGAUUUCGCAAGCUCCUUGCGAUGGAAAAGUCCUUUUCCUCGUCGGGCUUUAUCAGGGAAGGGGAAUGGGUAAGGCCCAGGCCCAGAAUUUCUGCCAUAAUAUCGCCUC